AUGCCUCCAAAGCGAAAGAGGAACGAGCGGCCAUCCGACGCUGGAGCAAACCGGCCGGCUCCUCAUCGUCCUUCCGACACAAAUCUCGCUCAGCAUGAACGAGAUUUCCAAGAUAGUCCUUCAUCGCAGAAUCGUCGUGCAUCAAGCGGUCGCAAUACAAGGAGAAAUGCCGACCGUCGCGAUUCGUCAGGCAACCAACUAGCCGUUACAAAUCAUCGAGGCCCCGUCUCUCCAUCAACUGCUCGACCAUCUAGUUCAUCGUCGCAGGCUGCUCCACCCACGAUACCUUCUACGCCAUCCGCUCCUCCCCAAUCUAGCCAACCUCGACCUUCCAUUCCCUCUAAUUAUAACUUCGCUGUAUUAACAGAAUCGCGACUCUCCACGUGGCAGCAGAAAGGCCGCCAGGAUAUUGUUGAGCAUGGCAUCAAGUCUCGUAACGACGAAGACGUUGAAGAAAUCUCAACUAUAUCUCAAGAGUUCACACGUGCUGUUCUUGAAGGGCGCCUUAACCCAACUGACGCAGGAACUUGCGUGAAACAAAUCCUGGGGCCAGCGGUCGAGAAUGCCGAUGGUCCUGGGUUCGGUUUUGAUGCACAGAGACUAUUCCUCGACACGCUCUCGAUUUUCAUCGACUCUGAGGAUGGUGCAUCCAGGCCACAACUACGAGACUUUGUUGUUGCCACGGAGAUAUCUCCCAAGAUUUUGCGCGAAGUAUUGGACGCGCCAGCCUUACAGCAACUUGGGUUAAUCCGCGAGACCUUCGUCAAAUUAGGCAUCAGAUAUGCCACGAAUCAACUGUACCGACAGGCCAAUUAUAACCUGCUUCGAGAAGAGUCUGAAGGAUACUCUAAGCUUGCUGCAGAACUUUAUCGCACACCGUAUUACGCUCGAGACCACCAUGACUUUGCUCUUGUACAAGCUUGUUGGGAGCGCGUGAAGGGAUUGAUUGGAACGUUCGACCUUGAUGUUGGCAGAGUUCUGGAUGUUGUCAUUGACGUUUUUUCUGCAACGAUGCUGAGAAACAUCGUAUUCUUCUCGAGAUUUUUGCGAAUUAGUUCUUGGUGGCCUCGCAAUCAGGUCGAACAUUCUGAAAGGGUAUUCGCAGGCGGCCUACCAAAAUGGGCUUUGCCACAAUAUGAAAACACUAGUCUCGAGGAUCUCAAAGCCGAGCUUGUCGAACGGUGCUAUCAGCGUGAUCUGACGUUCUGGGAUAGAGCUCGAGAAAUUCACCUAGAUGCCUUUUUUGAGCUUGGCGGAAGACGUGUUGAAGAUAUCGAUCAAUACGACUCUGCGAAGACUACUUCCGGUCCUAACUCGAAUAACGACUCAACUCUCGAUUGGAUAAAAACUACGAAGACCCUCCCACCAUGCGGCAAUAAGAUAGCUGCGCAGUUGUUGGGCUUCAAAUUUCGAUUUUAUGCGUCCGACGCUCGAGCUAAGCUCGAAGCACUACCAGCGAAUCUGUACUAUCUUGCCGCCUUCUUCAUCAAAAUUGGUUUUAUUUCUCUGCCUGAUCUUUAUCCUCACCUCUGGCCGAGCGAUGCUCAGAUGGAAGCCUUGAGGGAACGACGAGAAAAGGAGCUCGAGGAAAAAGAGGCAGUUAAGAGACACGGUAACGAGCCAAACGCUCUUCUUACAGCUGGAGCUCUUACCGAUGACACCUUGCCAUCCUCUUCCAAACUACGGGAAUCUACGGCUGCGAAUGGUGACAGCAACGAGCAAGAUGCGAAUACUACAAAGGAAGACGAUGAGACAAGUCUGCCCGACCCACAAGAGGCUCAUAAGGCAGAUCUAGUAACCCACUUGUUGGUUGUGGGUGCCAUCCCUGAAGCUUUAUUCAUCAUCGGUCGCUUUCCUUGGCUUCCUGAAGCAUAUCCCGAUGAAAUAUAUCCGGCUCUCAAUCGUAUUCUACUACAUUCCAUCAACAAAGUCUUCGAGGAGACCCGGCCUGUUGAAAUUCGACCCAUGACCAACCACCCCAUCAAAGCAGAACUAGCUCAGGAUCAAUCUGGGAUGACAAAGGGUAACCUGAAGCUUACCGAUGGCUCUCCCGUAAAAAUUCUGAAAUGGCCUCAUCCCGAUGGUAGCCACAAAGGCAUCAUCUAUCGUUUUUACCUCGACGAAUGGGCAGAUAACGUUCCUAUAUGUCAAACAGUCGAUGACGUUUUCACGCUCUGCAGCACACUCCUCAACGUAUCCGGUGUUAAUAUCGGAAGGGAACCUUCUCUAGUCAAGAAGUUAGCCGCUAUUGGUGUGAAAAGCUUCUUACAAGACCAGUCGCCAGAAAAUGUGGCGCGUUGGCAGGAUCUUCUUCGACGUACACUUGUUCCGUCGCUAUGCCUUUGCGAUGCCAACGUCGAUGCCGUAGGUUCGCUAUAA